UAUUCCCACACAAAAAACGGUAUCUUUUUGAACUUCCUUGUUUACGAUUCCAAGAUAACCGAUUAAUAACCUUUUAUUCUUUUCUUCAGAAAUUUUAUUACCAAACUGGCGAUCGAUGACCGGGCAUUAAACCUUUAUCUGAAAUUUUUAGUGGAAUGAAUGGAUAUGAACUUUAUAAUUCAUAUAUAAAUACCCCGAUAUUGCAUUGUUUCAAAAUUAAUCAAAAUGUUACCUUCAAUAUUUGUUGUUCUUGCAUUUCUUGUCUUGUCAACAUAUUCUUACCGGUCUGAAACUGGUAGCCAAACUUAUGUGGAAGUCAUAACUAUCGACGAUAUUGCCAAACUCAAACUUAACGAAGGAGCAGAAUUUAUUCCUUUGACAAGAGACCUAGAGAAUAGAGGGUUGAUUAGUUAUAAAAUUGGACAGCGUGUUCCAAAUGAUAGACUAGUCUCCAGAGUAUCUGACUCAAUAUAUUGGAAUGUACCUCAAAACGUUCAGCUGCGUGUAGAAUAUCCAUCUAAAGGGAUUGGAGCUGUAGUAAGUUUUGUCGAAUGUAAUGUAAAUCAAAGUUCUGAAAAUGGAAGAGCUUAUAUUAUAUCGGGUGGAUAUGGUCAGCGAAACAUAUGUUUUGUAAUAGAAGCUUUUAGCACAUUUUGGUUUAAUUAUGAUUGUACAAUAUGGGGAAAAUAA